AUGGCCUUUGCAGUCUCACUGGGCAACCUCCUCACAGAGGCUAGCUGUCCCAUUUGCCUGGAUUAUCUGAAAGACCCUGUGACCAUCGACUGUGGCCACAACGUCUGUUGCUCCUGCAUCCAACAGUACUGGAUUGAUCUACAGGACUACUUCCCCUGUCCAGUCUGCCUCCAACAGUGUCCCGAUGGAAGCCUCAGAAGGAACACUCAAUUAUGUAACAUGAUUGAUAUUGUUAAGCAACUUCCCACCAGGAGGAGCAAGAGGAAACGCCAGGAAGAGAAGCCCCUGUGUGAGAAGCACAACCAGGAGCUUUCCCUAUUCUGUGAGAAGGACCUGGAGCUACUAUGUCCCCAGUGCAGGAUCUCCUCCAACCACCAGGAUCACCUCCUGAUGCCCAUUGAGCAAGCUGCAUCAAGUCACAGGAGAAAGCUCAAAAGCUGCAUUGAGUCCCUGAAGAAGCAUGUUGGGGAUGCCGAAAAUGGGUUAGGUAUGGCAGUCUCAAAAGUAGUGAAAUUGAAGUGCAAAGUAGAAAAUCAGAAGAGUGACUUACACUCAGAAUUUCAGCAAUUAAUACGUUUCUUGGAAAAGGAGCAGGCAGAAAUUCAUGUUAGGCUCCUAAAAGAAGAGGAGGAUAUUAACAAAGAACUAAUUGCAAACAGAAUCCAAAUUUCAGACCAUACUUCCAUACUAAAAAAUCUGUUAAGUGAAAUAACAGAGAAGUGUGUGCAGGAAGACCUGGACUUACUGACAGGUAUUGGAAGCAUCCACAGCAGUGCAAACCUGAUCAAAGUCCCAGAGAGUUGUUUCGUGGAUAUUGACAAACUGAUACUACAGUUUACAUGUAAAGGCAAAAGUAGAAUAGCCAACACACUCCUGAAAAAGAACAAAAUUGGAGAACGGACACAAUGUGCCUUCAAGACUUAUUAUAAAGCUGUAGUGAUCAAGACAGUGUGGUACUGCUGA